AUGUGUCCGUCCAGCGGUCUAUUGGAUGACUUGUUGGGUGAACUGUAUCGUACUGCAAAGCCUUCUCCGAGACGUAAUUUACCGCUGACUGGGGCUAUGGACCGGGGCUCGGCCCAAGGGUUUCACGGGCCGAUCACGCCUCUUAGAACUACUGGGGAUUCGGCCUGCUCCAAGGAUGGUCCUACCUCGUUUUCUUCGCCAGAGCCUACUGUCGUCUCUGGGAACGUAUGGAAGGAUACGGUCGAAAGUUUACGCCAGGUUCUAGAGGAGGAAGUGAGCCCCUCGGCCUUUGUGUUCGUAGUCCCACCUGAAGUUGCGACCGCUGUCUCCAGCCUGUUGGAAGAGAUUGGAGCUUGGGAGCAAGCCCGUAUGUUCCCUGUAGAAGGUCUACUGGCCUGUAUGAGUUCGACAACUCCUACGGUGAGAUCGGUAGUCAACGACCAGCUCCUCGAGAAAGAAAAUGACGGUUUGGAGAAGCGUUCGCUGGAGGUGCGUUCUUCCGAAGAUCGUCCUGUGGCUUCGAUUACCUCGCCUAGAAGACGUUCUUCCAAGGAUUUUGACUGGAGCACUGAUCAAGUUCUGCAACGAGCUGGUGUUCCUCACCCUGGCUGGGGUGAUGCUUUGAAACCUCGGCCCGAUGUACGGUUUAAUGAUGUAGUCGCACGCUCUUCGGCCCGGUCCGGUCGUGGAGACGUGUGGUGGUUAUACGACGACGAUAUUAAGGUCACGGAUCCUACCGAGCUUGAAGACCUUAAGGAUUUCUGGAAGGGUUUCCCAUCUGCCUGUAGAGGUCUAGCUGAAGACGCUGGGUUGGUGAUCAACCACCCUUUAUGUGCCGGCCAGAUCCCCGCUUGGGACUGGGAUGUCUCUGGCAAGAUGCUCUUCCUUAGUGAGCUACUUGCUGGCCCGAGAGUGUGGAGGAAGGAUGGUAACGUUUGGCCCGAGCCUUACUUGGUUGCGGCCAACG